AUGGCACGGUCGGUUCCGGUCGGAAGUUCAAAUGUAGGUUCCAGUUAUUUCCCGACCGUUUCCUGCAAACUUCGAGCUGGAAACGGUCAGGAACUGAUUGGAUAUUUCCUGUGCAAUUUCGGCCGAAAUCCGGCGGCAAGGAACCUGCCGGAACUUGCUGGAAUCGGCGAAAACUGUGCCGGAAUCGAGAAGAGCUGUACCGGAACCGACUCAGGUUUCAACGGAUCCAGUCGCCGGAAUGAUCGACCUGGGAAUGACACGAUAUGCCGAAAAAUAAAUAAUUGUGCUGGCGAUUCAAGGAAACAAAUAAGUCAACACACCAGUUAUAACAUUACAUGUCGCUCUACAACACUGACUUCUGUGUGUCGUUUUAAUUGA